AUGGCGUCACGUUCCUUACUGCUGAUUGCAACGACAUUUUUAUUCGUCUGUAGUCAAGGGCGUGCACAGUUUAUUCAAGAGACGCCCGUGGUGAUAUGCGAGGCAGCGACCGAUUGCCUGGCACAAGGACGAGACCAAAGCACGUGCCGCAGUGGCGUCUGUGUGGAUAAUGCACUGUUCCCACUGACGCAAGAGGAGAUUGCCGGAUCUAUUGGUGCUUUUGUAGCUAUUGUCUUGGCUGCUGGAUCUGGAUUAGGUGGCGGCGGUCUCCUCGUACCAUUGUAUAUCAUGUUGAUGAGUAUAUCAUCUCACGAAGCGGUGCCGCUGUCUAAGGCCACAAUCUUUGGUGGUGCCAUUGCCAGUUUUCUUGUAAAUGUGAGGAAACGUCAUCCGCUAGUGCACAGCCGACCGCUGAUUGACUAUGAGACGAUACUUCUCAUGGAACCCAUGACACUGGCUGGAACUAUCAUUGGUGUAAAUUUGAAUGCAGUGUUUCCCGAGUGGCUCAUUACACUUUGUAUUGUGUCGUUGCUGACCAAAACGGCCUUGCGCACGUACAGUAAAGGUAAGAAAAUAUGGAAACAGGAGACGAGUGCGGACAAUAAGGUCGUAGCAGACACUGUGGCGUACUGGCGACUGCUGCCGUAUGAAUCGAAUUUCAAGCAGUUUAAGGUUGUGGCACGAGCAUAUUUGAAAUGGAAGGCAUACAAGUCACCAGAAAAAGAGGAACUUCGACUCAAGAUUUUGGCAGGAAAAGCUAGUAGUGAAGACGAGCACACUGUUUCUACUAACACAGAGACGAGCACAGAGGAAGAAGCGAGUAGUGAUGAGAAUGAGAACGAGUCUCUAGUAAGCUGGGGCAUCCAAACUAAACAACCAGAGAAAUUUCUCUCGGUGGAAGAAAUUGCGAAGGCACGACGCACUGUACCGAUGGCAGAUAUGGGUGUUCUGUUCCUGACAUGGAUCGGACUCGUGCUUUUCUCGAUGGCAAAGGGUGGCCACGGCACACCUAGCGUUAUCGGAUUGUUGUGCGGCAGCAUAGGCUACUGGAUGCUCACUAUCUUGUCUUUUCCGUUCUUCAUGAGCGUGACAAUCCACUUUGGUAAGAAGAUCAGCCAGUUCCACACGAUGCUACAGGCAUCAGACUACACAUAUGCACAGGGCGAUAUGGUCUGGACGAAGCAUGCAGUCAUCAAGUACCCCACACUGUGCACUGCAGCUGGCGUGGCUGCUGGUCUGUUAGGCAUCGGAGGUGGCAUGGUGAAGGGUCCACUGCUGAUUGAAAUGGGACUGUUGCCACAGGUCUCCUCUGCGACGUCGUCGUCAAUGAUCCUUUUCACGUCCUCUGCCACCACGAUCCAGUUUAUAAUUCUUGGCACGUUGCCAGUGAAACACGCGCUUUGGCACGGCAUGGUCGGCUUUAUCGCUGGUCUCAUUGGACAGCUAGGCAUGUCGUACUUGAUCAAAAAGUACCGCAAGUCGGCGCUAGUGAUUUUCUUCGUUGCUACUUUUAUUGGAGUAAGUGGCUUUGUUAUGGGUGUGUUAGGCGUCAUCCGCAUUUCGGAGAUUGGAUUUGGAGGUUUCCGCUCACUCUGCCUCAGCUAA